GGGGGGGGGGGGAAUCCUUCUGGAACUAGAGAGAAACGGGAAAGGAGUCUUGUAAAAAGUGAAAUGGAGGAUGCAGUAUAAAAUAUUCCAUAGGAAGGGGAUUUCAAUAUGUGUAAGAUGGACAGGGCUAGUACUCUGAGCAUUCCUUGAUGUUUGCUCCAGACAGGUCAAUAGAGAAGAUGCUGGUACCCAGAAUGCAUUGCUCCACUAUGGCCAAGCCCCCAAACUUGGCAUCUUUUCAGAAUAUCACUAUGAAAGGAUGGUAUAAAGACUUCAUAAAGAGAAGUAAAAUAGAGAAGCUAUGUCUGGAAUACCACCCGAUCCUAGGAGAAAGGUGGCGGGGCAGGGGGGAUAAGAUGAGCGAAAGACCCAGGAAAGAAUAACUCUCACACACACCCCCAAUGGAGCCUGCUGUGUCCUAAUACCACUUCUAACAGAGUGGAAUGAAUUGAGUUUCUUAAUUCCCUCUUAACCUGGGUGAAAGGCCAUUAGAAACCUAGUAGCAAUCAGUACUGGAGCCCAACAGAUGUUUCUUUCCCUCCAGUUGGUCCCCAGAGGCCCAAACUCUUGUAAUUUGUAGUUCUCUAUCUGAUUUAAAGCUGCAGGUUUGGUUUUAAUAUGCAGCUGGGAUGCUUCUCCACUGCAAAAGAAAACGAAACACAGACCAUUCCAAAUCAAGCACCCAUACCCUCACCAUAGUAUCUGUCCUAAGAAGAAACCUCUUAGCUGGUGCUUUUUGAAACAGGUGAUGCUAUGGCUAGCAUUUUCAGGUUCAGCAUUGCCCUUGUCAGUGCAGCUUGGGAUCAGUUGGACAUCCCAGUUCAGCAUCUGGGAGAGUUAGGUCAGUAUUCCAUACACUACUGGUGAGACACAGACUUUCUUAGCUCAGGAAGAUAAUAAACCAUCCUCUUAAAACAAGCGUACAUACUGGUUUCUGCCACGUACUUGGAAUAUCUUCUGCAACAGCUCAGAUCAAUAUGGAGUAGACCACACAGUAAAGGACUUAAGUUAGGAAGACGAGGGUUCAAGCCCCUGCUUAAUCAUGAAAAUGACCUACUCUACCUCACAUGGUUGUUGUGAGCAUAACAUAUUGGAGGUGGGGGCAUGGAUGCUGUCCUGAUUGGGGCAAAAAUAUAGGAGGGAAAGGUACAAAUGUCAUGAAUGAUUAUAUAGCUUUAAUUUUAUUUGGAUCUCCUUUUCCAGUUUAGACUGACUCACAAAGCAAUCUGCAGUUAAAAUGCACAUUAUGAAUUAUAAAUAGAAUAUGUAAGAGUACGUAUGACAGAGGCUUCUGUUCCCUGGCAGUUGAUGACCUAGUUCAGGUUCUGGGCUCUUCCCUGCAAAAAUGGGGUUGUUGCGGGAUGAGAAGCUGCAGAUGAAUUCAGGGGCUGGGUGAUGUUCAAUAUGGUAAUAAUGCCAACCCACAGAAGCAGCUCCCUCUUACUCUGCAAAGUUUUCUCGCCCCUGGCAGCUGAUGACAGUUCAGGCUCUUCCACACGGAGAAGACAGAAUUGCAAGGUCAGGAAUUUGCUGACGGUACAGAUGGUUGAUGUUAGUCAUACUGUUACACUUCCUCGCUGCUUGAGCAAUGGGGAAUUUUUGUAAAAGUUCCAGUUAAAGGAAGGGAGAUUCUUGUACAAGCCCACUGUUAUUUUUAUGGAGUCUGACAUCAACACAACAUCAUUCUUCUUCUUGUUACCCUGCUUUUCAGCCCAAAUACAGUGCUGAGAAAUAGUUCGUGAAUCCCUUAGAAUGGUCUGUAUGUUAGCACAAUUCUUAUUUAAAACAUGAUUAGAUCCUAAGUUAGACCCUUAUAAGAGAGAAAGACAGCUCCAUUGAAUAAGUAACUCAGGCAAAAAGGAUAUCUUACGCAUGUUCACCCAACAGAAAGAUUCAACCACAAUCCUUGCAUGAAAAAGUAUGUGUGAACCCAGCAUUCACUGGUGGCACCUCCUUGAGCAGCAAUAACCACAACGAAAUGUUUCCUGUAACUGAUUAUCAGUUUCUAGAGUGCCUGUUAUGCACUCUAGAUUUGAUUUCUCAUAUAAAUCAAAACAAAGUCACAGGACCUGACUGCAAGUUUGCAACCUAUGAGACUAGACACAUAAGCAAAGAAAAUAAGGAAAAUGGAGAGAAAGGGAAUUGGUAUGAGAUCAGUACCAGAGUGGGAGGCUUUUCAGGUAGCAGGCUUUAUCUCAGGUUUACUGCGAGGCUUUACUGUGAGUUCAUGUCAUAACGGAUAUUCCAGCACAAAAAGAGGAAUUUUUACCCUGGACAUAAAUCACUCCAGCUUCCAGUAUGGAGGGGAAAACCUGAAUCAUGUGUGAAGUGCUCUCUGAAAUAUCACAUGGACUUUGAGGUUCUUUGGCCUCCACUGUCUUCUUCCUGGCUUUUCCUCUGAAUAGUUAAUCCAACCAUCAUGGAAGAGCCAUUAUGCUUGAUUGAGAACAAUCCGAAUGAGGAACUGAAGAUCAACCAGGAAGCCCUCAGUGUCCUGCAGAGCAUCCAGCAGCCUGUGGUGGUGGUGGCCAUCGUGGGGCUUUACCGAACCGGCAAAUCCUACAUCUUGAACAAACUGGCAGGCAAGAACAAAGGUUUCUCUCUAGGUUCUACAAUACAAGCAAACACCAUGGGCAUCUGGAUGUGGUGUCUUCCUCACCCUCAAAAGAAGGGCCACACCCUGGUGCUAUUGGACACAGAGGGGCUGGGUGACGUGGAGAAGAGUAACACUGAGAACGACUCGUGGAUAUUUGCUUUGUCUAUUCUGCUGAGCAGCACCUUCAUAUACAACAGCAUGGGCACCAUUGACCAGUUCGCUUUAGAGAAACUGCAGUAUGUGACAGAAUUGACUAAACACAUCAAGGUGAAGUCCUCGUCUGGAGAGGGGAGCUCUGUAGAAGAAAAGGAAGAAGACUUUAUCAGGUUCUUCCCAGCCUUCAUCUGGGCCGUGCGUGAUUUUUCGCUGCAGCUGAAACUGAAUGGACGCUCCAUAUCUUCGGAUGAGUAUCUGGAGAAUGCUUUACGAAGGAAGCAAGGCCAGCCUGAGAAACUGGACCUUGCCAAGAAAUGCAUACGUCAGUACUUCGCUAGCCGCAAGUGCUUUGUCUUUGACCGCCCAGCCUCAAGGCGAGACUUAGAAGAAUUGGAAGACCUGUCUGAAUCCUUGCUAAGCCGCGACUUUGUGGUGCAGAUGUCCCGUUUCCGCACGCACAUCUAUGAGAGUGCUCAGGUCAAAGAGAUCCAAGGGGGACAUAGAGUGACAGGAGAAUUGCUGGGCCACCUGGCAAGGUGCUAUGUGGAUGCCAUCACCAGCGGGGCCAUCCCCUGCAUCGAGAAUGCAGUGGUUGCCUUAGCCCAGAUUGAGAACACAGCUGCUGUGUGUGACGCCAUGACACACUAUGAGGCUAAGAUCAAGCAACUUGAGCUGCCCACUGAGGCUGUUGAAGAGCUGCUGCAAGUGCAUGCCCAGUGUGAGAAGGAGGCCAUUCAAGUGUUCAUGGCCCGCGCUUUCAAGGAUGAAAACCAAACAUUCCAGAAACAAUUGGGGUACCAGCUGCAAGCCAAGCUUCUAGAUCUCUGCUCUUGCAAUGAGAAGGCAUCUUCUGAUCGCUGCCAGGCUGUGCUCACAGAACUGUUCCAGGACCUGGAGGAGGAGUUAAAUAAGGGGAGCUACUCUGUGGCUGGCGGGUACCAGAAAUUCCUGGAUGAUCAGGGGGAAAAGGUGGAGCAGUAUCACCUGGUGCCUGGAAAAGGACUGAUGGCUUCCAAAGUACUUCAAGACUUCCUGAAGUCCAAGGAAUCAACCACCCAGUCCAUUCUGAAGGCUGAUCGCAGUCUGACGGAACAGCAAAAGUUACUUGAAGUGGAGCAAGAACGGGCUAAGGCCUCUGCACGGGAAGCUGAACUGCAGAAGAAACUGAAAGAAGAAACCGAAAAGAUGGCCCAGGAAAAAGAGCGGAGUUAUAAGGAGCAUGAAAGCCAGUUAAUGGCCCAAAUGGAGCGGGAAAGGACGUGUCUAAUGGCAGAGCAUGAAAGAGUGUUAAAGAGUAAACUUGAGGAGCAGGCGCGGCUCCAAAGAGAAGGGUUCCAGCAAGAAGUUGCAGUGCUUCACAAUGAGAUCCAGAACCUACGGCAUCAGAUGAAUCAACCGAAAAGAUGCUCUAGGUGUGUUAUUGCUUGAAGAUGGCUUGUGAGAAGGCCCUGAUGGUUUCGGUGAAAGGAGAAUGACUUAUAUCAGAAUUAACGGAAAGCAUAUUUUGCAGGUGCUUGCAGUGUGUCCGUUAUCUUCUUACACGAGAAAAAUAAUCUGCUGCAUUUGAAACAGGAAUGUACUUAAAAUUAAAAAUCAGCAGGGAGGGGUGCAGUGUAAGAAUAUAGCAUCUGCUUGAAACAACAUGGAAGGAGAGCUGGUCUUGUCGCAGCAAGCAUGAAUUGUCCCCUUUGCUAAGCAGGGUCUGCCUUGGAUUGUACUUGAAUGGGAGACUACCUGUGAGCACUGUAAGAUGGGAAGAGCAUCUGUACGCGUGCAUGCAGAAGGUUCCAGGUUCCCCUCCUGGCAUCUCCAGAUAGGGCUGGGAGAUCCGUGUAGACAAUACUGAGCCAGAUAGACCUAUGGCCUGACUCAGUAUAUGGCAGCUUCCUUUGUUCCUAAUAGGCCUAUGGAGACAUCAUGUUGUAUAUGCACAGAGGUGUUUGUAUACAUGUAUGUUUUUGUGUGAAGACUGUACAUGUAUUUAUUUUUAAAAUGAAGCUGGAUACAGGUCCCUCAAAUGCAUAGGAUGGAUGGAAAGUAUACUACUGUACGUAUGUUGAACAGAAUGUGUGAAGAACUGUAGAUGCUUACAGAUUUGUACAUGUAUGCAGUGUAUGCAGAUUGUAUGUCUAUUUAAACAUAAUCUGUGAAUAGGACUGAUUUGAAUGCAAAUAAGAGUUUUGCUGCGGGUAGCUUAUUAGAUUUGGGGAAACUCAGCUUGGAAUCUCAGCUCAGCUGUCAAACUCACUGGCCUUCGGUGCAGUGUUCCCUCUAACAGGGAUUCCCAGAAGUUGUUGACUACAACUCCCAGAAUCCCCAAGCAAAACCAUUGCAGCUGGGGUUUCUGGAAGUUGUAAUCAUCAACAUCUGGGAAUCCCUGUUAGAGGGAACAUUGCCCAGGAGUUCUGGGCCAGCUGUUACAACAUCAGAGUACUGUAUUUUCUACACAGCUUUUGCUUUAGAGUAGACAUGCUUCAGAUGUUAUUAGGGGAUCCACUAGUGAACAAUAUGUAUGGCUGCAGCUUUAGGAACCUCAGAAGCUGCCUUCUACCGAGUCAGACCACUGGUCCAUCUAGCUCAGUAUUGUCUACACCAGGGGUCCCCAAACUGCGGCCCUCCAGAUGUUGCUGAACUACAAUUCCCAUCACCCCCAACUACAACUUAUUGUGGCUGGGAUGGUGGGAAUUGUGGUUCAUCAACAUCUGGAGGGCCGCAGUUUGGGGACCCCUGGUCUACACAUUGUGGCAGUGGCUUCUUCAAGGUUGCAGGCAGGAGUCUCUCUUAGUCCUAUCUUGGAGAUGCUGCCAGGGAGGCAACUUGGAACCUUCUGCAUGCAAGCAGGCAGGUGCUCUUCCACUGAGCUAUGGGCCCAUCCAGUGUUCCCUCUAAGGCUUGCGCAUGUGUGUGUGCGCUCAUGUGUUUUUUAUGUCUGCUCAGUUAAUUUUAACUCCUGCUCAGGUUCAGUGUUCCCUCUAACAGCGUUUCCCAUAUAUUGUUGGUUAUGAUUUUCCAUUUGAUCCAAAUAUAUGAGGAUAUUUUACUCAAGUGGUAAAGAAAAAUAAUCAGCGUUUGCUGAAUAAUAAACACACACACCCUUUCAGCUUCCAUGGUAGCUUUGCAAAAAUGUGUGAGUGAUCGAGGAGUGCAACUUUUCAUUGAAACUAUAUUGAAACGACAUUGUUACCUGUUCCAUGGCCUGUAACAAGAGAGCUUCAAACUGAGAUGGCUUCUGUGGGAACAUGUUGCUUCUGAAGGGCCACUUAAAAACUGCACGUAUCUUGAAGGCAUACCUGACUGCUUAUUGGCUGUGAUAUAGAAAAUUAAUAUAGAAAUGUUUAAUCCAGGCUCACAAAGAAGUGUGUAGAAGUUUGGUUCAGGCUCCUAACAGAAUGUAGGCUAGUAGGCCUGAACAAGAAUUGUUUUAAGAAUGUGAGGCUCUUGGCCAAGAGGUAGCAAAUACCAGAGCUUGACAAGAGACACAGUAUGAAGCCAAGGUCAUGAGACAAAUUCUCCUUUCAGCAGAAAAAGAAACAUAGCUGGCACCAGAAGAUACCGAUAAGGAGUAGGCAAGGCAGAAAACAGUAGCUCAUGUCCAAGGCUAGUUGGCACUGCAUGAAAACAUCUAUUCAAUUACAUAUAUUGUUGGAUUUACUGAUUUGCUUACCUUUUUAAAUCUAUAUAAACUAGCAACUGCAUACCUUCCGGGGCAGUGCUGGUCAGAUUUUUUUCCAUUUGUACUGUGCCUUCAUGAUCAUGAAUAAAGACUAAUUUGAGCACA